AUGUCGAACAUCAACAUCUGCCGUGAGAACACGGAUCCGUUCUACCGUUACAAGAUGCCUGCGAUCCAGUCCAAGACUGAGGGACGUGGUAACGGUAUCAAGACUGCUGUGAUGAACACAGCAGAGGUUGCGCGUGCUCUGGGCAGACCACCAGCGUAUAUCAUCAAGUACUUUGGUUUCGAGCUCGGUGCACAGACGUCGAUCAACGAGUCCACGGACCGUUACCUGGUGAACGGUGUGCAUGACUCCAACAAGCUCCAGGACACGUUGGACGGGUUCAUCAACAAGUUUGUGCUGUGUGGGUCGUGUAAGAACCCAGAGACCGAUAUCAUCAUCACCAAGGAUGGUAACCUGAUCAGGGACUGUAAGGCGUGUGGUCAGAGAACUGACAUCGAUCCUCGUCACAAGUUGGCGUCAUACAUCUUGAAGAACCCUCCGGAGUCUGCCAAAUCCUCGAAGAAGAAGAAGGCUGCAACUGCUUCUGCCAACGUUGUUGGUGGUGGUGUCUCCAUUUCCGACCUUGCCUCUGGUAAGAAGAAGGAGAGCAGCAGCAACGGCAACGAGAACGAGAACGAUGAAGGUGCGGACUCUGACGACGACGCACUCACCAGAAAGAUCAAUGCUGAGGCGUCCAAUCUUCCAGAUGCCCAACCAAUCGCAGAUGACGACUGGGCAGUUGACGUCUCUGAAGAGGCCGUCAGAAGAAGAGCACAGGAGCUAGAGAACUUGAACUUGAAUGACCAGAAAUCAGAGUUCGACCAGUUGGGAGAAUGGCUGUUGGAGUCCGAGGACAAAGAUGACCUCCCAUCUGAUGUUGAAAUCUACAAGAAAGCUGUCGACCUGGAUAUCGUUGACGAUGAAAAGACCGUCCAAGUUUUGGCUCAAGUACUGUUUGACGAAGACAUUGUCGAUGAGAUUGAACAGCACCAAGGCUUGUUGUCCAAACUGAUCACAAGCCCAGCCCACGAGAAGGCCUUCUUGGGAGGAUUGGAGAGAUUCCUAGGAUUGGAUCAUCCAGAGUUGCUACCACAGAUCUCAAAGGUGCUGUUAAAGGUGUAUGAGUCAGACUUGGCUUCAGAAGCAGUGAUCAUAGAUUGGGGCUCAAAGAUCUCAAAGAAGUACGUCUCCAAGGAUAUCUCCAAGAAGGUUAAGAAGGCUGCGAAGCCAUUUGUCAAAUGGCUUGAAGAGGCUGAAGAGGAAUCUGAUGAUGAGUGA